AGGUGGGGGGAGGGCCCUCGGGGCGAGCACACCCCUACCGCCUGUGUCAGUAUUUCAGAACAGGGGCCAGCAUUUAGUCAUUCUUCAUGGAAGCUGCAGACUCGCUGGUCUGCCGAACUUCACUCCAAACGUUUGGACUAUAGGAACAUACAUCUUGUUUUUUUUUCUUGUUCCCACCCCCUCCCCCCCCAAAUAUUUCUCACUUGGGAGAGGACAAUUUGAUUGACUCUGUUUGCUCCAAACUGUGCGUCCCACCCGUCGCCGGAUACUUUUACGCACAGUUGUUUGACACGCAACAGGACAAUGCCUCGGUCUUUCUUGGUUAAAAAGUACUUCGCCAAGCAGAAACCCAACUACAGUGAACUGGAAUGUCAGAAUGAUACGUCACUGGACAAAUAUCCUGUCACUGUGCUCUCAUCCACCGCCACCUGCUUGACCGCAGGUCUGGUGUGGGACCUCAGUGUGCUGCCUGCUCUCUACCUGCCCACCUCCCAAACAGAGCCUUCCGCCAUCCCAGUCCCCUUGGACCUCAGCUCCCCGUCCAGCCUCAGCAGCAGCGCCAGCAGUAGCGGCGAGGAGGACGAAGGACGUACUUCAGACCCCCCCAGCCCGGAACCCGUGCACACGUACGCCCCUCGUCAGCGGAUGAAAUGUACUGGCGUGAUGGCCCACGUCAGUCCUCCAGAAGAGGAGGAGAGGGAGGCCCCUGUUACCGCAAGCAGGCCUGCCUUCCUCUGCAAACACUGCCCUAAAGAGUACACCAGCCUGGGGGCUCUAAAGAUGCACAUCCGCUCACACACCCUGCCCUGCGUGUGUACCACAUGUGGAAAGGCUUUCUCCAGGCCCUGGCUGCUGCGCGGUCACAUCCGUACACACACAGGCGAGCGUCCCUUCUCCUGCCCCCACUGCAACCGAGCGUUCGCCGACCGCUCCAAUUUGCGGGCUCAUCUGCAGACUCACGCUGAGGUGAAGAAGUACCAGUGCAGCGUCUGCUCUCGCACCUUCAGCCGCAUGUCGUUGCUGCAGAAACACAGCUCCUCGGGAUGUUGCUCUGCCACGGUGUGAGACGUAGCAGGACAAAGCUCCAAGAUCAGGAUGGUGGAGGACCUACGACCACGGACAGGGUGUCUUCAAAAGCCCAGUGGACUGUUGAAACCCUCUCAGUCCGAAAUUGCAGCUUUAAGAAACAUGGAAGGAAUUAGUCCUCAUUGUGGAUCUGAAUUUUACAAGCCUGUUAGCCAUCCCGCGCAGAUCUUUCCCAUACUAUUUUGAAGUCUUGAGGCGGUUGGACCAAAUCCGAACCCAGCUGAUACACACUUGAUUUGCCGCCUUUGUGUGCAUUCCAAAGACCAAAUAUGUACUGAACUCAUCAGGGUUAGAGGUGAUCCUUCCUGUCUCCGUCCUGGUGCCGGACAGCUCAGGAUCAGUGCCAAGACACAGCUGCUGAGAGGUAGGGGUGCGUGGGUGGUAUAAACCUCUCAGUGUGCCUCCAAACACGCACAAACACAAAAGCCAUCACACACACAGCUGUCCCUGGUACUGUGGCGUAGAUAGACGAGGCGCUAACAGGUGCUUUAGCAGUGACCUUCGCUGGCGUUGAGCAGGUGACAUCCGCUGACCUUGCUUUCAAAAAGAUGCCGCCGCAUGUCGCCGCAAAGGACGUUGUCUCUCGAAGAAAGACGCUCAUCUUAAGCCUUAUUUUGACUACAGCCCAAAAUUCUCUGUAACUGAUGAGUUCCAACGAUAGGAACUUCAGAAGCUCCACAAGCCAUGCACUCAAGUUACCACAGUGUUAAUAAUACCAGUCAAAGCCAUAAGUGAAAUGAAUUUGUGCCUAGGAAUUUUUGUUCUUUUUUGUUUUUUGUCUUUGUCUUAUUUACCUCAUGACUGUUUGUGGCUUUAAUUCAUGUUUGCAGUAUUCAAAUCAUUGAUAACCAAAACGUUUCAAACCAAAAAGGCUGGGACCAAACUUUUUUUUUUUUUUUUAAAGUUUACACCAUGGAGACAUGGUUGCCUAAUAUGUGAUGAGAACCUUGUAAAUGACAGUACAAAGAUGAAUUGUAAAGUUUCUUGGAACAUGUAUGGCAGUGUUUUAUAGUGCAAUGUGCAGAUGAUGUGUUAUUUCAAUUUUGUACCCUGCUUGUGUGUUCACUAUUUCGUGUAUGCCAAAAAAGUGAUUCUGAUUUUCAUUCAAUAAAGUAAUUUAUGUUUAUUAAAA